AUGAAAUCUAAAAUUAAGGCAGCAAAUAAAUUAACUUUAGGUACUGAAACAGAUCUAAUCUUUAAUGAUGCAGAUUUUUGUUCAAAUUUAGCUGAUCAUUUUAAAUAACCUAAAACUGUUAGAACAACUCAUAAAAAAACAAAAACUGAAUUAUUUUAUACAAAAACACCUAAUACGGCAUUGUAUAAAUUUCGAUAAAAUGGACAAUUGUUAACAAGUUCUUAGUUAUCUCUUUCUCGUUGUCCAUCAUUGACGAAAUCAUAAAGGAAAUUAUAGGAUAGAGAACUCAAGACAAAAAGUAAUAAUGUCAGUAAAGAAUAUUUGGAAAUAAAAAAAAGUUAAACAGAAUAGGAUAUAGUACCUAUUCAAUUAUUAUUUGAAUAAAAUAGCUUUUUAGCAAGAAAUCAUGAAUUUUUAAUAGACAGUAUAACAGAAUUAUCAGAAUCUGUUAAAGUAUAAUUAUUGAGUAAUCAAUAUGAAAUAUAGAGAUGGAAAGAGGAAAAGAUAUAAAGUAAUCUUGAUAGUAAAAUAUUGUUUAUAUUUUACAAUACAUUAUAAUAAUUAGAUAAGAAAAUAAUUGGAUCAAUAUUUAAUUAAUAAUAGACACCAGCAGAGAAUUUUAAAUUAAAACAUUUAUCUGAUACAAUGGAAAUGGUAUCAGAAAUGGUAACACUUAUAAUAAAACAGGUUUCAAGAAUGGACAUAAAAUUGGCUACAUUUAUAGAAUAUUUUUGGAAAUUUUGGGUUGUUUUAAUAGAUGUAGCAAUGUAAUGGAUGGAUAAAAGUUGUACAGAUUAUAUAGAAUAUUAAAUAUAAUAAUUUAAAUAACAAUUUGAAGAUGCAAUAUAAUAAAAGAAUAUAACAGAAGAUAAAUUAAUAAGAGCAGAAAAGGAAUUUAAAUUAUAAGAAUAAUAAUAUUAAAGAAAAUGUGAUUCUUUAGAAACUUAAAUAUUAUCUAUAUAAUAAGAAUUUAAUGAAUAUAAAUAAGCAGUACUUUAAAUGAGUGAUUUAAAAUAAGCAGAGAAAAGAAUGAAUGCAGUUGGUUUAAAAUCAUUAGAAUUAGAAAAUCUCUUUAAAUAAUAUGAUAGAUAAUUAUUUGAUUAUAAGAGUGAUUUUUAAAAAGAUUUUAAAUAAUUAGGAUCAAUAUUGGUAUAAUAAAAGAAAUUAUAAGAAGAUUUAAAAUAACCUCAUUAAUAUGCAUAAUCUAUUCUUCAUAUUCCUUAAUAUGUUGAAAAUAAGACUCUUUAUGAACUAUUUAUUAAUAUGCAUCCUUUCUGUUUGCAUUUUUAAAAAAUAGAAUUACAUGAAUAAGAUAAUGAGAAUGAUUAUGAUAAUUAGCUAAUCUAAUUUUUAGAGUAUUUAACUUAUUAUGAUGAUUUAAUGUAGAAUGUAUGUGUAAUAUUUAGAGAAUGGGUGAAUGACAAUGAUCGUCUCAAUCGUAUUGUAAAUCAUCUAUUAACUUAAAAAGAUUAUACAUAACAUUCUUUACAUCAUUUUUAUUGCAUUCUAUUUGGUUUGAAAAAUAAUUAGCAACUCUCUUGGAUUUCAAUAAGCAAUCUCAUCUGUUAUUUUAAACAGUUGAAAUAAGAAUUACAUUAAUAAUUGAAUGAACCAAUUUAUUUAAAAGAUUCUAAUUAUAUUUUAGAUUUAAUUUUACCAGAAGAAUUUAUGGAAAUAAUUAAACAUCAUAAACUUGAUUCAAUAACAAUAUUAAGUUUAUUAAAUUUAUUGGCUUAAUUCAUGUAAUAAACAGAACAUAAAUUAUGGAAUAGAUGGAAAUUUCAUUAUAAAAUAGAUUCAGAUGAAUUUGAUUAAAAUAAAUUGGAUUAUUUUAUGUAACUUAAAAUUUAUUUGAAUAAAGGAGACUUGAGUAUAUAAUAAAGAAAUGAUUUUUUUGAUUAAAUUCGACAUUUGUCCUUAAUGUACCCUUGUUUAUUUUAUAAACAUAAAUAAAUGAUUUCAAAAAUGUAGACUCAAGUUAGAAGAGUCUCUUAAAAACAUGCAGCAUAAUAAUAAUAAAAGGAAUCUAAUACAAGACCAUCAUAGAUGAAGAGAUAGUCAACCUAUAAUGGAAUGAUAAAAUCUCAAGUUCUUAGAAAAUGA